AUGAAGCAAAUGAAAGGAAGAUUGCUUAUAUUUAUUAUAUUUUGUGUGCUCAUCUUUGCUCUUUACUUCCCUGUGUUUGAUUUGAUAUUGAAAAAGCAAAAGUUUUUGCAAUACCUUCGCCAAAAUCAUCAACAAUUUGAUCACACAGCUUUUAAUGGUUUACUUCUUGGUAAAGGAAGGGAUGAUCAUUGCAAGUCCCGUCUCGAACAGCACCACUAUCGGAGGAAAAGCUCACAAUAUGUGCCAUCACCAUACCUUCUCAAAAGGCUUCGAGCAUAUGAAGAACUCCAUGCUCAUUGUACUCAUGACUAUGUUGAAGCUUUCCAUCAUUUUAGAAGUAAUACUAGUGAUUCCCGGUGUAAGUUUAUAGUGUGGAAAAGUUAUAGUGGUCUCGGGAACAAGAUUAUCUCCAUCACUGCUACUUUUGCCUAUGCUUUAUUGACAAAUAGAGUUUUGCUGAUUGAGCCAGGGCCAGAGAAUUACAUGGCACAACUAUUUUGCGAGCCUUUUCCUACCAGUUCUUGGUUUCUCUCCACAGAUUUUCCAAUUUAUUUGUUCAAUCAUGCCAAGCAUAGACUUCAGUUUGAUAAUUGUAAGGGUGAUCUCAAAGUUCAAGGGUAUGGUUUGAUUGAAAUUAUUGAUAGUUUUGAUGGUCUUGGAGAUAAGUUUUUCUGUGAGCACGAGCAGCAGAUGUUAAGUGAGAAAAUCCCAUGGUUGGCAAUCGUUGUUAAUCUUUAUUUCAUUCCAAGCCUGUACAACGUUCCAAGUUUCAAGUUAGAACUAGAUAUGUUAUUUCCAGAGCAAGAGACUGUGUUUCACCACCUUGGAAGGUAUUUGUUUCAUCCCUCAAAUCAAGUUUGGAGUAGAACGGUGAGAAUUUAUGAGGAUUACAUGGCUAAUGCAAGUAAAGUGGUUGGUAUUCAAAUGAGAUUGCUAGAGCACCUUGGAUCUGGUCAUGAACAUUUUCUAAACAAGAUGAUCGACUGUGCUCAAGACAAUGGCCUCCUUCCAAAAUCCAUCAAGUCCAACAAUUCAACUCAAGCUUCUAGAAUUCCCACACAAUUCAUUACUGCUAUAGUGACUUCACUUGAUGGGAUGUACUUUAAGAGCCAAGAGAAUGAGCAAAAGGUUGAUAAUCAAGAGCAUGAAGAGAAAGCACUUGCAGAGAUGUUUUUGCUUUCUUUCUGUGAUGAGCUAAUAACAAGUCCUGGAUCAACUUUUGGAUAUGUUGGCCACGGCCUUGCAGGAAUAAAGCCUUGGAUCCUUGAUAACAAGAAGAACUGCUCUAAGAUGGUGUCACUUGAGCCUUGCUUCCAUGCGAAAGUUACAUAUGGAUGUAAGUGUAUGCCUCCAAAGGAUGCUCUUAGUGUUCAACAUAAUAUUCAAAGCUGCCAAGAUGUUACUUGGGGAAUUCAGUUAAAAUCAAUAAUAUUGUAA